CAGUUCAGUGCCUGUGUCCACCUGGCCUCCACCUGGCGACCGAUAAUAAAACCUGUAAAGAUGUAGAUGAGUGUCAGGAGGCUGAUGCUCGUCCAGCGGCGGACCUGCAGGAACACCUUCGGCAGCUUCGCUUGCGUCUGCAGUGACGGCUUCGUCAUGGGAAGUCUGCAGGGAUCAGUGGAGUGUCGAGAUAAAGACGAGUGUCUCGUUGGAGAGCAGAGCUGCAGCCGCCACGCUCGGUGCAUCAACACCCAGGGCUCGUACUCGUGUCUGUGUUUAGAAGACCAUUAUGGAAACGGACGGUCCUGCUGGCCCAGCAGAGCGCCACUGUCCAAGGCGGCCAUGUUCCUCACCUGCAAACUGUCCAAACGGACCAGACCCGAACACACCGUGUUCUUCUAGAGCUGCUUUUUAGAACCAACACUCCUCCAGUUAAACAGAAAUAAAUUACAUGCUAUAAUACAGACCUAAAACAAUAAUAAAUUUAGGCUGAACUGAAUCAUAAUACAACUUAAAAUUUACAUUUACUGGGAGUUUUGUUUUAAUCUAACAGUGGGUGUGUUCACACCUGGCACAUUUGGUCCCAUUUAAAUGGACCAGAGUUUGUUUCCCCUGUUGGUUUGGACCUUUUGUGUAAAUACACUUCAGCGAAUCCUGGUGUGGACCAAAGAAACAAACACGAGCAAAGCUUAAAACGAUCAAAAACUGUAAGAUGUUGGGACACAAGAGUCUCUGUCUCCCAGUGAAACCAGUUUUACUUCAGCAUGGAAUGGAAGGGGGUUGAUUAGGAAGAGAAAAACCCACUGAAAACAAGUUUUAGGGUGUUAAAAAUGUUGCAGCUGCCCAUGUUAGCCAGAGAAAACACUUCUGGAGAAAAAUGCAGUAGUCAGACGAGGGAAAGGUUGAGGUAUGUUAGUUUGAAUGACACUGUACCAGCACGGUGGUGGCUGCAUUGUGAUGCGGGACUGUUUGCAUUGCACAAAGUGGGUGGACUAACUUGAUAAGGAGACUAAAUAUUGGAGGGAAUAUAUGUUUACAUUUGA